AUGCACCGUGCAGCGCUCGCCCGGGGCAUCAGCGACAAGCGGCUGCGUGCGUACAUCACGCUCCAGGCGGCACAUGGCAUGGAGUACCUCCACCUCAACUACAUGGUGCACUUUGACCUCAAGUGCGACAACCUGCUGUGUGAUCUGCGGGAUCUCAACAAGCCGGUGGUCAAGAUCGGGGACCUGGGGCUGUCGAAAACAAAGAAGGGCUCCUUUGUCAGUGGCAACAUGCGAGGGACGCUGCCGUGGUGCGCGAUGGCCCCGGAGCUGUUCCCGUCGGUGCCGGCGGCGGUGUCCGGCGUACACACGCGCAAGGAGGCGGAGGACCGGGUGGACGUCUUCAGCUUCGGCAUCUGCAUGUGGGAGAUCUGGACCCUGGGGGAGCAGCCCUACCCGAACCUCAGCCUUCAGGAGAUAUUCGCGGGCGUCAUGACAGGCACGCUGCGCCCCGGGCUGCCCGCCGGCUGCGACCCCGCGUGGGCGUCGCUCAUGCAGGACUGCUGGCAGGGCAACCCGCGGCUGCGGCCGACGUUCAUGGAGAUCAUACACAGGCUCGAGGCCAUGCUGCAGCGGUGGGGCGCGGCGGCGGCAGCAGGAGCGGGGGCAGCGGCGGGGGCGGGGGCGGCUGCGGCGGGCGGCGGCGGCGGCGUCGCCCUACAGGCGGGCGGCGGACCCGGUGGGAAGUGA